AUGUUGUCGCUUCCGGCGCUGAUUCAGGGAUGCUCUUUCUCGUGGGUCAAAGGGUACACUUCAGCGAUCUCCCCAAUCAAAGGCUUAAGCCUCCAUUGGAAAGUCGUCGAUUCCACCACGGUUAAUUUCCUCCUGAAAGGCAACGGAUUCCGCAGCAAGGGAUGGUAUAGCGUCGGGUUUUCCGACGACGGCGAAAUGACGGGCGACGCAUUCGCGGUCUCGAGCGAUUCGUCAACCCCCAAGGUCUUGGCUCUCACGGGGGCGUCGACGAGCGGAGUCGCGGACGCUUCGUGGAGUCCCGAUGUGCUGACGCUCAAGCAGAAAAGCGGCGGCCCGUCGUCUCUCAAGUUUCAGCGGAAGGUAGGGGAUGGAGGGUCCGUAGCUAUCAAGCCCAAGGGGAAGAACACGCUUAUGUUCGUUGUCAAGACUACACCGUACGACACCAGUGUCGAGCACGACCACGAUGAAAUUGUCAAGGUCAACUUGGGUUGCAAUCCAUGCAAAGGACCUCUUGGCUUCAUAACUAAUGCACCUGUCCUUCCGCCGAGCUACCGCCGGCUUUCCCCGCGACCGCCAACAUCCUCCGCCGACCGCCUUUCCUUCCUCUGCCUGGCGCUUCCGCUUCUUGCGCUGCUCGCGAACCCGCCCUGCGCGCAUUCCGCGCGCUCCCUUGAAGCUACACAUACAGAGCUUCCAUCGCACACCGCGCAAGCCGCGCUUGCGCACUCCAACGAGGCGACUCAAAGCGCGCCCCCCGCGCGUUCCGCGAACGCUCUUCCGCCGCAGCUGCGCAACGUGCUGGGCGCGUUCCGCCGAUGCCAGCCGUCCAGCCUCCCCGGAUAUACUACUUCCAAGUCGUUUUAUGGCGGGUAUUCGACUACCCUUCCACCUCCCGCCCGCACCGCCUCGCUCUCUUUGUCGUUUUCCAGGUUGACCCUCCAUUGGGCGGCUACAACCGGGUCCACCCUGCGACUCGCGCUACAGGCGAAGGCAGGGAGCGUCUCCGCUAAGAGCUGGUUCGCUAUAGGCUGGACGCCGGACGGGCAAAUGAGCGGAUCAGACGCGGUUGUGAGGGUUCCGAGCAGCAACACUCCAGGGAGGUUCUUUCUGGACGGGUAUUCAAACGUCCGCGCUACAACGAGCUUCACUAUAGGCUCUCCUUCGAUAGAGACUACAAGCUCGCAAGGCACUGUUAUGAAGUUUUCGAGAUCUUCUGGCGACGGGGGGAACGUUGCAGUGAAGCCUCAAGGGCGGUCGCAGAUUGUGUGGGCGUAUGGGGCGGAUGCUUGGUCUACCACCGCCCAGCAUGACGCCAGAGGCACAACUUCAGUUGAUUUUUCCUGCAACGGGUGCUGGGUGCUGUUCUUCAAAAUGUGCUGA